AUGGGGCGACCUGCGCCAUGGGUGGCGUCAAAGUUGGGCUAUCGGCAGGGGCCUGGCUACAGGCAGCCUGGGCCGCCCGCGCCGCAGGCGUCGCAGCUGCAACAGACCAAGACCAUCCGCAACCAGGUGAACCUGAAGAAGCCCACGCUGCGGGUGGUGCCGAGGGCGGGCGAGGGGAGCCUGAUCACGCCCACCUUCAAGUUUGACGCUUCGGCGCCCUGCAGUGUUACUGUCUUCUUCAUGGCCAAAGAGGAGUCAGACAAGGCUUGCAGGCUGACCACACAAAAGCAAGAAGCUGGAUCACGAGUUUUGUACGAGAAAGGGUUGGGGCACAUGUUCCCACCACCAGGAGAUGAAGAGUGUGCCAAAGCCCAUUCCCUGGACGUGGACCUGUACACCACAGCUGAACUCACAAACCUGUCACUCAGCAAGACGGAUGCUGUCCCCAUCGUUAUCCGUUUGGAGACUGUUACGGACAAGGGUGUACAGGAAGGUCACAAGCUUGGAGAACUGGAGCCUGGCUGCGCGACUCCCACAUGGGUCCAGUCGCAGACAACAUAUGCCUGCCUUGUGAAGGAUGAAGAUGGCACCUGGGAGGCCCGACCCAUACGGCAGAAGAUAUGGGUCGAGAACGUCUCUUAUGAGCUGCAGGAAAUAUACGGAAUUCAGGACAUCUAUGGGGGUGACAAGAAGGAGAAGGGUGCCAUGCCAAACCCUGCAGGCUACAGUGAGGACCUGGAGGGGAGGGAGUGUGUCAUUUGCCUUGCAGCCGUUCGCGACACGACUGUGCUGCCGUGCCGGCACAUGUGCAUGUGUGAGCAAUGUGCCAGGGAGUUGCAGCGGCAGCAAGUAUCACGGUGCCCAAUCUGCAGAGAUGUCAUCGAGUCCCUCCUGCAUAUCAAGCGCCCAGAGAAGAAGGCUGGUGAAAAGAAGGAGGAAACCCUGGCAGAAAAGACAGGUACAGCCAUCAGUGCAAAGUAA